GGUCAUCCAUCCAAAASCAAAGGGGUUUCGCAAGACUUUCUAUUUGACUAAGGCAAAACUUCAUCACCAAUUYUGAGAGACUAGUGUAAUGCAUUCCUCGACUUUAUGCAGCAUCUUUUUGGGAACACAYUUUCGCUUCGUUUCUACAUUCUCAAAUCUUCAUCGCACKUGAGCGCACACGAAUCAACCAGGUYGGUGAUGUUUGAUUCGGUAAUGUUGAAAUCGGCGAUCUCCGGCGAGUUGAGAACGAUGCACCGGAUCAGGACRUCAAACUCAUCGAGACAGGGGGGGCAGGUUCCAGCGAUGUCGCAGAAGGGUUCCUGGAUGUCGACGCACUCCGUGGCGUUYUCGACGGCCGAUGGAAUCUCCUCGAACGUGGGCAGGGCUGUAAGCAGGCCACUGCACUGCGCAAGGUUCGCUACUGCACAGUUGACGGCCAUCGGGAACUCGGCAGACUCCCCCUCGAGACAGGGCAGCGGGAGCAUGUCCAGAAUAGAGCUCGGGAGCAUGGAAAUGAUGUCUAGGCCGGUAAUGGCCAGGGGCAGGGCCAAGAGCGAAACGGCGAAUAGGGCCAGCGAACAGGGGCCGGUAAGUCGGGAGACGGAAACCAUGAUGCUAUUACCGUCGUCGAAGGAUGGAAAUGUUAUGGGGAUUAUGUUGUGGAUGUCCGAGACAGUUGCUAGGCAGUGUGGUUUCUCAUCAAUUGGUGGCGUAUCCUACUUUCGAACCCUGUAGGGCACGAGUGCAGGAAGAGGACGGAAACCUCUCCCUACUUACGAUUCCAAUACCGUCAUCGAAAUUUCGAAAUAUCAAUUUUAAGGCUCCUCGUUCACUCAAGUCGAUUAAUCGACAAAAAUACGAUUCCGUACUGCGUAACUGUACGUUACGUGCCUACUGGCAGAGUGGUGUUCGACUUGUCAAAACGGAAGUAAGAUACAGUAAUAUGAAACUUGGAUGCAGAAUACAGGGCAGUAUCACAAGUUUCGUAMAGCAUUCCGUUCGGGUCGGAUUUCUCGUUUUUGUCACCAAAAUUACAACCGGAUUUCACGAUGCCGCGAGCCAGCUAGCAAUUGCCUCAUUUUKUUCUGUAUUUGUUCAAUAUUUACAGUACAUGGUACCGUACCGAAGGGUACUCGUACUGUAAAACGUAAAACCUACUUCACCAAAUUCAGUGGCUUGUCUUUCAGAGUCUGUAUGAGGUACGGUACGAGUCCUCUAGUACGAAGUAGAUAGGUACGUACGUGCGAGUACGAGUAGGUAAGACAUAUUUUUUAUGAUUGAUAMGUACCUACCUACCAUAACUAUGAAUAAUCGUCACAUGUCAUAUGUCAUAUGUCAUGCUAUCGAUUUUGGAUAUUAAGUAAUGGUUCGUACGUACGUACCGUACUAGUUGGACCUACCUAGCACCUAGAAUCUACUACUAGAAUACAAUCCAGGACCACGUACCGUAGCGCACCGUACGGUAGACGCCGUGUURUACCGUUAGACCUGUAGUGUACCCGUUAACUCAUAGGAAGUACUGUACUGAGUAUCGCAGUACGAAGUACGAGUAAUUAAAAACUUCGACGAGUGCGAGCAUGUGCGGCUGAUCUGAAUUUGAAAAACAAGUUUGCACCAGAAUUCUUCCGACUAGKAACAAUACUKAAGACGUACCUGCAGUGAAUGGAAUGAAAAUCCCCAACACCAACCAAUUUCACAAAACAAUACUMUGGUGUAAUAUCUCUAUUUCUAUCUAUUCGACAAAUACGAUACGAKUUCGAAUASCUGCAGUCUACCAAAUCGAGAAUGAGGACUGCGAAGGGUGACAAGCGGUGGAUACUGCUGGUGUUUCUAGGUUCUAUAUGUUUUUCCCUCUACUCGUCAUCGAGAUUGAUAUUCCCGAUGGACAUUCCAGCGACAAACUGUCAGGAAGGUGAAACRUUGCCAGUAGAAUGCACACCCCGCAUCAACAGGUCCGACGACAUCUUUAAGCGCAAGGGAUGGGACAACGGCCACAAUCGAGCACGAAACAGUCAACCUGGAGAAAUAUUUCCAGCGGAAUACACACCCCCUCCUAUCGACUGGUCCGAUGACAUCUUCAAGCGCAAGGGAUGGGACAACGACCCGAUCGUGAUCGAGUCGCACAAGCUCCUUUUCUUCGCCGUUCCCAAGAAYGCCUGCACCACCUUCAAGAAGCUUUUUCGACGAAUGAUGGGGAAACCCGACUGGCUGGAGGCCAGCGCCCACGACCCCGAAAAGAACGGACUGAAGUACCUCGGAAACUAUACCAGGGAGCAGCAGGAGGAGUUCAUGACCUCCCCCGAGUGGACGCGGGCUAUUUUCGUCAGGGAUCCAAUCGAGCGGRCCCUUUCCGCCUACAUGGACAAGGGCCUCCUGAUCACCCACAAGUACUGGCAGCCCCCGGUGACGGGCGCUUACAUCAAGCGAGUGUGCUGCUUGAUGACGCCCGAGACCACCGAUCCUUCGAAACUGAGAUCGGACGUAUCGGACCGCUGCACCAAACAUCCACUGUGGCCUUACGAAACUAACAUGACGAUCGACAACUUUCCCUUCGAGAGCUUUGUGGACGGGUUCCUGGCAAAGUGUCGCAACGGACCCGACCCCCACUGGARGGCCCAGUACGACCGAAUGAAGGAGGCCAACUGGGCGCACAUCAAUUUUGUCGGGCGCUUUGAGACCAAAAAAGCCGAUACGCACCGCCUACUAAAGCAGAUCGGGGCUUUCGACGAGUACGGCUCAAGUGGUUGGGGAGAGGACGCGAGCGGCAACAUGGCGCUGCCCAUCUUCGAGACUAACCUGGCCCCGCACAAGACCGAUUCGGGUGCAAAGAUAAAGAAACACUACACCGAAAAGAUGAAGAAAGUUGUGCUCAAGUUCUACUCACGGGAUUAUGAGUCGGUGCUCUUUAAUUUUACGAAACCCUAAGGUACUGAAACAUCAACUUUUUGUUGUCCAUCCAUCCGAGCCGAGCAUGAUAUAAUGCAUUAGAAUAGAAAAGAUGCUUGUUGGGUAAGAUGGGAAAGAUUCGUCUUUUACGCGAAACAUACAACAAUUCACGCUCUCCAUUACGCAGUGUGUUUGGCAGUCUAUCUUGCCAAUGCCCCAGGAUAAUCAUCAUCUUCCUUUUUGGAGCAUAGUUKAUUAGAGGCCAGUGAUCCGAUGGAUCGAAGCUGCUAUCUACGCAUUUCUGUGACUGGUAGCAAUAGGUGUGACGAAACUCAUCUUCAAAGAUAUUGUCGCAAUUGACUACACCGCACUGAUARCAAAUYAGGAACACCAGGUUGAGGAAAUUAAUCAACAUAGUCCCAUAGGAACUUCCAUAAAAYGUUGCUGGUAACGAUAGUUCUCURAAUAGCAGGACCCUGUUCCCACGGCAUUCCGGUUUUGCCUACCUCAAUUGUUGGCAAUCAAGCAAACAAGUUUCGACCGGAUCAACCUUGACUUUUUGUUCGCUUGGAUCGUAGCAGUUAUUUGGUUAAGCCAUUUUGUUGUUGUCGUUGUCUCCAUCAAUAGGGCUGUUUUGCUUCGUUUGGUAUCGAUCUUACUGGUAUCAACGAUAGCAUUGGUAGUCUUCGAUUGAAAAAAAAACAGCUUGGAAAAAGAAUCUAAAGCAGAGAGAUAUAAUACAUUUUCGUUCAUAAAGAGUUCAAUUUAAA